GUCUUGAACACUGAAUAUUUUCAUUGAUUCAUUUCUGUACAUCACUGCCUGAGAACGGCGUUGCGUUAGUUCCGUAGUUACCAUAACAACCGAACUAUAUACGGAAAUGAUUACAAGCAGCGGACGCUAAGUUACAAACCAGCGGAUAAGGUAUUAUAGUCUUUAACAUUUUGUAGGUCUGCAAAUUCUGAUUUUAAAUACUCGUAAAAAUGUAUUAGGAAUACUUAUUCACAUUUAGAAUAUAAAAUGACGUGUUGAACCCUCAAAAAUCCUACAAACUUGAGACUCGGGCAGUAAAAUAACUAACUUUUCAAAAUGUAAAUAACGUUACAUAAUGGAAUCACAUCUGAAGCACAGCACUCUAACGAAGAAGAUGGCAAGUCCGCAAACAUCCGAGCAGCCCCCUCCGCAUAUUGACCCCACACAGGCGCCGGUGGCUUUCGGUAGCUGGGCGAUCCCGAAGCUGAUGCUGGAGCUGCAGGACGCGGAGCUGUUUACCCGGCAGAUGGCGCUCGCUGCACUCUGCGAGCUCGUCCACGACCAUGAGCGGGCCUAUGAAGCCAUUCUCAGUGGGUGUAUGGAAAGACUUAAAGUCUUGCUGCAAGAUAAAGAUGACUUAGUCAGGGUCAAAACCACUGAAGUGCUUUAUGUGCUUGCUUCACACAGCUUGGGAAGAGAUGCCUUUUUGAAAUUUGACAUUGUGGGUCCCCUCGCAAACCUGAUUGAGGACCCUGUGAAUGCCUGUCGUAAAAACAUGCACCAAGCACUCAACAGGAUCGCUGAAUUUCCUUCAGGAGCAGUGUUCAUGGUGUCUAUGGGGCUGGUGUCCAAACUGGUGCUGAAGGUCUCAGAUGAAGAAGAGAGCAUCCGUGCUUUAAUUCUCUCCACAUUAAGCUGCUGUGUGAGUGUGAACGCCCUUCCUGCGCUGGAGAGUGAUGCGGUUCCUGUCCUGAGAGAUCAGCUCUCUCACCCCUCCCCCGCCAUCCGCCAGGCAGCCACAUCUGCUUUAGUGGGAAUCAGUGUGCCUGCAGAUGGGAAGAUGAAGGUGUGUGAGGAGAAUCUUCUGCCCAUAUUAGUCAAGCUGCUGUCGGAUGAUGACCAAGGAGUUGUCGCUAAUGCUGCAGGAACCAUUAUGAACACGGCCGUUAUCACUAAGGGUAAGACCGAGGCUCUGAACGCAGGUGCCAUCGCCCCUCUGCUGCAGCUGGUGGUGAGUGAGAAUACAGCGGUGUGUGCCAAUGCCCUCCGUGCCCUUACAGUCCUGGCAGAGGUUCCUAGGGCCCGGGCACAGCUGCUGGAGCAUGUGCCUCUGCUGAAUACCAGACUCACCCACCCCAACACCAUCAUCCAGAGAGCUGCAUCCACUGCCAUUGAAGUCAUCUCCUGGAAACCAUGAGAGAAACAAGAGCUCUCCUGAUACAAGACCUGGUGGUGUGAUAUAAAAGAAAGAAUUAUCCACAUAAAACACACCCAUUAUAUAUAGCCUAUAUAUAAGUUACAAGAACAGAAUAUUAAGAAUUCUGAUGGAUGUGACGUUGUUUGUUUAGAACGCAAAAUCUGUUAUAGAUAAGCUGCGUAGCAACUAUUCCAACUGGCGUACAUGACUGAAUCGUUUCAUAGAUGUUAAUUAAUAUAGUAUAAACGUGAUAAACGUAUAGUGAA